AUGUUUCCGUCAACGCUCCUCCCGCUGCCGCAGACCUUGACACUUCUAUGUCUUGCUUCGCUGCAAUGGCCCCUUCCCGUCAAUGGGCAAAACACCGAUACGCCUUCUGAUUCGAACUUCAUUCGGCGCGGUUAUGAGCGCGCAACCGUCAUCGGCUCUCACCUCUACCUCUCCGGCGGUGAGAUCUCUCAAUACGGAACCGGCGAACGCACCCUCCCGCCAGACGACCACCCCUCCACCGGCAUCUCCUCAACCUUAUCAAUUGACCUCUCCACCUCCUGGUCCGACCGCACCGCCCCCUUCCAAUCCCAUUCCUUUCAGGAUGGCAACCGACCUCCCGUUGUGAACAACCACGCUCUCUGGCCCUGGAAGUCUUCGGACGGGAAAGAUGAAGGGUUCUACAUCUACGGCGGCCAAGUGUCGUGGAACGAAACGGUGAAGGAUGUGAGGAAGGAUCGCGGAAUUUGGAAGUUUACUUCCAACGGGCAGGGUGGGGGAGCGUGGACGCUUGAACAGGCUAGUAAUUCGGAGGUUUUUAAGGGGUUGAAUGUGGUGGCGAGUAUGGCGUAUGCGGCGGGAGGUGGGAGGGGGUGGUCGGUUGGGGGGAUAAUGACGGGUGGCACCGAUCCGGAUGCGAAUAUAACGUCAGGGGGAGUGAGGAUUCCGGGAAUGGUGGAGUAUGAGUUUGAGACGCAAAAGUGGACGAAUCAUAGCGAGGUCGGAUUCCUCAAGAAGGAUGAGGCGUUGGAGGGGGGAAGGGCGCACUUCGUUGAUGGACUUGGGGAAGACGGUAAAAACGGAGUGGUCAUGGUAUUGGGAGGGGGAGUCUUCGCCCUGCCCGUGACGCGAAAGGGCGACUCGCGAGGGAUCAUCCGCCCGGAUCUCCUCCUCGACUUCAACAACAUGAAGAAGUGGUACUCGCAGACAGCGUCAGGGACACCGCCGACAGGGAGAAUGGGUCAUUGUGUCGCUGGUGUUCAAAGCCAAGCCGGUACCUACGAGAUCUUCGUGUACGGCGGCGUUGACGCCGGGUUUACCGAGUCCUACGAUGACCUAUACGUCCUUUCGCUUCCCGGAUUCGUCUGGUUCCGCGCCGACGAUCGUUCAAACGGCGUUCAUUCUCACGGGACUUGCGCUGUGGUAGGCAAACGUGGCCACAACGAGAAGGAUGGAUGGCCGGGAAUCUGGCAGACUAAGGAUCCGUUACCGCUGGGACUGGGCAUCUUUGACAUGACUGCCAUGGCUUGGAAGAGCAAUGGAAGCUAUGAUGCGGAGGCAGCGGAGUACAGACCGGCCGAAGUGAUUGAGAAGUGGUACAAAGAUGGUGGUUUGGACAAGGUCCAGUGGGACUCGGACGAUGUGAAGAAGAUGUUUCAGGCGACGCCUGUGAACUUUGCGAAUGAGUCGAGUUCAUCAGACAAACCAUCAUCUGGCGGCGGCAGUGGCUCCUCAGACAGCAAUACCGAUGAAGGCAAGGGCGAGUCCAAGUCUAACACCGGAGCUCGCGCGGGGGGUAUCGUAGGGGGUUGCAUGGUCGUGCUAGGCGUCUUCGGCGGUUGGUCAUUUUGGAAAAAGAGGAACAAGAACAAGAACUCAGCGGCAGCAUCACCAUCCGUCGAAGCCCCCGUCCAAGGACAACAGCCACCACCACCAAGCUCAUAUGAACCCCAUGAGCAGAAGAAAGAGCUCCCCACUCAUUCCCCAGCAGUAGAAGUCUACGUCCCGCCGACUGAGCUCCCAGGUAAUGCUUAUCGGUGGGAACUUCACUCGGAUGUGAAACCAAACGAGUUGCAUGGGGAUGCAGCACCGCAAGCACAAGAGCUUCCAGGGGAUGGAAGGCCACCAGAGUUGAGCGCAUAG